AUGUCAACUUUAGUUCCACCGCAAUCUAAAAGACAGAAAAGGGAGGCCCAACAACCCCGUGAAGUCGAUAUUAUCCCUUCCGAUUUACCUAAUGUUUUAGUGAAAUUCCAGGCAUCAGACACCGGUGAAUCAGUUGGUAGUUCCAUCAGAGUUCCGGGAGCAAUCACAGAGAAACAGCUUGAAGAAUUACUUAACGAGCUGAAUGGGAAUUCGGAUGAUCCUGUUCCAUAUACGUUUUCUUUAGAAACUGAAAAUGACUUAGUUGAUAUUAAGGAUAAUCUAUAUACUUCUGUUCUUAAGCCAGGUUUGAAAACAACAGAAGAUUUCAUGACAUUAGUGUAUACCCCAAGAGCAAUUUUUAAAGUCAAACCAGUGACUAGAUCUUCUGCAACUAUUACCGGUCAUGGAUCGACUAUUCUAGCCUCUCAGUUUGCACCUAAUACAAGUGACAAAUUAGUUACGGGUGCUGGUGACUCAACUGCAAGAAUAUGGGAUUGUAACACUCAAACUAUACAAAAAACCUUGAGUGGACAUAGUAAUUGGGUUUUAUGUGUUCAAUGGUCGCCCAGGGGGGACGUGAUUGCUACAGGUUCCAUGGACUCAACAAUCCGAUUAUGGGAUGCGAAAACUGGUUCAUGUUUGGCAACUUUGUUAGGUCACACCAAAUAUAUCAGUUAUUUAUGUUGGGAGCCGAUUCAUUUGGUGAAGCCAGGUAUGAAGCCUAGAUUGGUAUCAGGAUCGAAAGACGGAUCGAUCAAAAUUUGGGAUACGGGUGCAAUGCGUUGUUUAAUGACCAUGUCCGGACACGCCAGCACUGUGUCUUGUGUGAAAUGGGGAGGUCUCGGAUAUAUCUAUUCUGCAUCUCAUGAUAAGACGAUCAGAGUUUGGGAUGGAAAUGAUGGUAAGUGUACGCAAAUACUGAAAGCUCAUGCACAUUGGGUGAAUCAUUUGGCGUUAUCUACCGAUUCGGUUUUGAGAUUAGGUGCCUUUGAUCACACUGGCGAAGAACCUAAAAGUGAAGAAGAUGAAAAGGAAAGAGCCAGAAAGAACUUUGAGAAGGUUGCUAAGAUUGGAGGGAAAUUAGUUGAAAGGUUAGUUACAGCUAGUGAUGAUUUUACUAUGUUUCUAUGGGAACCUACUAAAUCCAGCAAACCAAUCUGUAGAAUGACAGGACACCAAAAAUUGGUUAAUCAUGUUUCCUUUUCCCCAGAUGGUAGAUACGUAACGUCAUCAUCUUUUGACAAUUCAAUCAAAUUAUGGGAUGGUAGAGAUGGCAAAUUUAUUGCUACAUUCCGUGGUCAUGUUGCACCAGUAUACCAAACAUCUUGGUCUUCUGAUUGUAGAUUAUUGGUCAGUUGCUCCAAAGAUACAACCUUGAAAGUAUGGGAUGUCAAGACUAGAAAAUUAAUGUCUGAUUUACCUGGCCAUCAAGAUGAGAUCUACACAGUUGAUUGGUCUGUUGAUGGUAAAAGAGUCGCCAGCGGUGGCAAAGACAAGACCGUCCGGAUUUGGACACACUAA